GCCGGUCUGUGCCUGAUCAGUGCGCGUACCGUUUCUCCUUACACAACGAGUUCGACCGUCAGCGCGAGAGGUACGACCUCAUCUUCGUUCCAAUGAUUAUCAAUCGCUAAUUUCCCGAUUAUCGCGGCGCGUGUGCAACUCUUUGUGAAUAAUUCAGUGAUUUUAAUAUUUGCAAAUUGUUUUCAAUAAAUUUAAUGAAUUUGUGAACGUGAUCUGUAGUGAUACAGUGCUGUGUUUACACCCGGGAAUACACAAGAAUCGGCCGAUUAAUCGAUCUGACCCAUGGAUAUCGAAGUGGUGGAGGGUCCUCCCUAGCCAUGGGAUAGCAGCGGUGUGACGGGGCCAGCAGCUCAGGGAUUGAAAAGCAAUUUCCCCGCGAGGGUGGCAGAAUCGAGAGGAGGAAGGGUAUACAUCUCCAGCAAACCAGAGGAGUCAGACGUUGAGAGGAGGAGCCGAGGGUAAAAGACGAUGGAAGGGCUUUAUAUUAAUGAUCCAGAUAUAUUAUCGGACGUGACCGAAAUUGCUGUCAAAAAAGUCGGAUAUUGGAUCGAAGGAGAUUGCUAGAUGCUUCCCAACUCCCUUCUCUCCAAAAAAAAAUAUCAUGAAUGAAGAAUCCCACGAUCUUUGAUCCACUGAAGCAAGCGUUGAGGACGACAUCCAAGGACGGCGGAAUAGUUCCAAUCACCAUGACGAUGGACGUGAGCAAGUCGGAGACGAGUAAAAAUGGCUCGGCACAGCAGGAAUGCGCGGGAUGUGGAAAAAUAAUUACUGAGAGGUACCUCCUCAAGGCCUUGGAUUUAUACUGGCACGAGGAUUGUUUAAAGUGCGGCUGCUGUGACUGCCGAUUAGGCGAAGUAGGCUCAACCCUUUACCAAAAAGCCAAUCUAAUUCUAUGUAAAAGGGACUAUUUAAGACUGUUCGGUAAUACGGGAUACUGUGCAGCAUGUUCAAAAAUAAUACCAGCAUUCGAGAUGGUAAUGAGGGCACGUGCAAACGUCUACCAUUUGGAGUGUUUCGCCUGUCAACAGUGCAAUCACCGGUUCUGUGUGGGGGACAGAUUUUAUCUGUGUGAAAAUAAAAUACUUUGUGAAUAUGAUUAUGAGGAGCGGUUGGUAUUCGCUAAUAUGGCAUUACAUCCACCGGCGUCGUUGGCGCAUAUCAAGAGACAGUUACCACCUACACCACCUGGUAAUGGACAAAGUCUCCAUCCGGGACACAAUCAAAUGCAGCAUCAACAUCCCUCACAAACCAUGGGACAAUCGAUUCAACACAAUCAUGUCAAUGGUCAAAUGUCAAGUCAAACCCCUACAGUAAACGGCAAUAUGAGUAUAGGGCCCCGGGGCCCAGGUGACAUGAACAACAAUGGUCUCUCAGGUCCCGGAAUAGGAGGUGUGAAAGCUCCCCCAAUGUCAAUGCCAGCACCCACCAGCUGAGACGAGGUAUCACCACCGAUGAAAAAAUUACGGUGUCUCGACGGCUACUAAAUCUCCCUCAUCCCGAGGGAUCAUAGCGUCCAACUGAAGCCACAAGAAUCCAAAAAUCACGCAAAGAAGAAACCGCAAUACCAAAAUAAUCAACAAGAAAAUAAACGAAUAAAAAAUAAAAUAGACUUGUUGUACAACAACUGCGAUGAUUAUUCGCAGUGCUACUUCGCUGUGAUCGUGAACUGGACAAAGUGAUAGUGAUUAAGAAGAGUAAAAUUGUACAUUAAUCUAGUUAAGGUCGCGGCUUAUGUAAGAUAUUUUUCAGAAAUGGAAGCGAUUAUCGGAGAUUUGUAAAUAAUUGUGAACUGAGUGGAUGGAAAAUCAGAGUAUUUGAUUGUUUGGGGGUGGAAGGAGGAGGAGGAGGAAGGCGGGUUAAGAGGGGGUGGAGGGAGGGGUAUACGAUUGUGACUCGAGACGAAGCCAUGGGUAACCCAUACAGCUAAAACCAAAGAACGUAAUCAUAAGCGUAAAAUCGAUCGAUCGAUCGACGAUCAUGUUUUAUUUGAAUUAACUCUCAUCAGUGAAAUUGAACUACUGAGGUGGAAGAAUAAUAUGCAACUGACGAGUGAUAAAACCGAUGUUAUAGUCAUAGAACAGAUACCAAAUGUGAAAUACCAAAUUAAUGAAACCAGAAAGUUCACAUGCACCAAAGAAAAUAAUCCGACUGAUCGUUUCAAUUGAUUGGGGAUCUUUCCUGGAUUUUAUUCUCUUUAAUUCGAUUAUUCGAGUCAUAAAAAGUGGAAAAUGAUGACUUCAAGGCCUUCAACGAAAAAAUUACAGGAACUAUUCGAGUCCCUGAAAAAUUUUGUUCUCAAUUUCACUGGAAUUAACAAUUACAUUAAAACUCAGAAUGAGACGAACCUCUCUGUAUACUCGAGUACAAAAAACAAUUCGCUGUAUAAAUGCACUUAAUGUAAAUGAAUCAGACAGAAUGUGUGUGAGAGAGAUUUGAAAAAUUGUGAAUUUAUUUGUUGUAAUUAUUAGUCAAAGUCGUAAGGCACUCUUUGUUAUCCAUCAUUGUAUAUAACUUCAUUAAUUAGUGCACUAUUAAUGACCUAUGAAUUAAGAAUAGGAGUUCCAUUGCUACCGAUGAAAAAGGCAAAAACAAAAAUUGAGAAAUAUACAUUCUUAUUAACACAAGAGACACGUGAAAAAAAUUUAUCC